AGUCUCACCACUCUUUCUCUUGACUCCGAUUUCUUCUUUCUCCCUACCUCACCCCAAGACUGUGAUCAUUUCAUCCACCCACGCGCCUGUUCACACUCGUCCAGCCCACGCGACAAGAAUAGCCCCACGACUUGGUCAGACCACAACCACCCCGCUGUGCUUGCUUCGCUUUUGGUACCCCGCCGUCAACUUCCUCCGCGCACCACACCCAGCCAAACACCUUCUCUGCAGCUUUCUCGCCAACGACCCAACACCCAGAGUCGCUUCUCUUCAUAUCCAUCCAUCGCCCGCCCGCCCGCAACACACAUCAGCCAACAUGGCCGCUAUUGUCGAUCACAGCCCCCAGUCUCACUCCCCGCCUGGCCCCAACAUUGUGCGGCCCAGAGGCAUUCUGAAGAACAGCUUCCAGAAUUCUCCCCCCACCUCUCCGACUCCCGAGCAAACCGACAAAGAGGUUACCAUCGCGAACACGCAGUUCAACGCUGGCCACCGCCGCUCCUCCUCGGCCGCACGCCUCGGCGGCGGCUCCAGGCGAUCUUCAAGCCACGCUGUCUCCGUCUCCGGCGGUGACGAGCAGGAGGACCCCUCACAGGACUCCCAGCGCCUCAGGUGGGACGAGGCCAAUCUCUACCUCACCGAGCAGGAGCGCUCAUCGACCAUGAAGAUCACGGAACCCAAGACACCCUAUGCCAAGCACUACGACCCCUCCGAGGACCCCUCGGAAGAAGACGAGAUCAUGGAAGGUGCUGGUCCUGGUCUCGACGCUGCGUCUGGCUCUGUUCGCCGCAAGACUCACCGUCGUCCUGCCGGCGAAGAUGACAUUCCGGACAUGUCGCUGGGCGAGCCGGAGGAGGCGGUCCCGGAAAGCGAGUCGAGCAAAGAAAAACAGCUCAAGGUUCACGUGGACGAGAACAGCGACAGCGGCGGCCACGGAGAAGACGAGCUGGCGGGUCUCUCGCCCGAAGAGAGGGAGAAGCACCGCCGCUUCGAGGCUCUGCGGAAGAAGCACUACGAAAUGAAGAAUGUCGCCCACUUGCUGGGCCACCCCGAGGAGACUAUCGAGGACGACGAGGAGGUCCCCUCGCUGCCCCGCCAGGAUCACGCCAUGAAUGGCCAGGCAUGA